AUGGCCGACACAAAGAAGCCCAAAUUCAGUCUGCCACCAUUAAUCGCCAAAGUCCAGUCUCUACUCCGUCGGAAACAAGAUGACUCACCCAUGUUCAACCACCCAUUUGAUACAAACUCAUGUCCACAUCACCGGAUAGCACGAAAAAUCUAUGGAGCCUCUCUCCUCACUCUCUUCAUCACCUCCAUACUCGUCAUGACGCUCAAGGCAAUCACAUACAGCUUCGUCGAAGACAACCGCAUGACCGGCUUCGUAUUCGACCCAGACACAACCAGUGGCACGAACAGAAACAUUAUCAUGGCCGCCUUACCCAGGAUGCUCCAUACCUUACCAACCAAACUCUCCAUCAUUGUUGCAGCCAUCAGUCUCUCCCUCGCCACAGGCCACCUAGCCCUCGUAAUCGUCGAUUGGAAGAGUGGGAAAAGAACCCAGUCCAACGCCUUCCGCCGCAACACAAUGUUCAUCCACAUCAUCAACGCCAUCCUCGUCCUCUUCGCCCUCGUCGCAAUCUACACCACCCACACAAACUCUGCUCGCUACCGGCCCACCUACAUUUCCGAACUCACCUCCAACACCACCUCUACCACCCCAACCAUUGCCAGCCCUUCCGACCCCGUCUUCCGCUACGACCGCGGCACCUUCGACCUCGAAACUUGGGUUUGUGCCCUUAAAGGCGUCGAAGGCGCUGGCAUGGUUCGAGACGAUUACGCUAAGCAGUGUUCGAUUGAGACGGCGGGGCGCGCGGCCAUGGUGCCAUUUCUUGUUGCGGCGUGGGUUGUUGCUGGGGGGGUGGACGAAGGGGGCCAGAUGGGGAGAGGAUGA